AUGACCUGGAUCCCUCCCUGGCUCAGGUGGUGGAGGCAAGGAAGCAAACCGCAGGUCGGUUUGGGGUCUAACCCGCCAGCAUCAUCUUAUCUCCCACAAUCUGAGGCUGGACCUCAAAAUGUCUCAAGAGCACACGGGGCCCUUCCUCUCGUUGGGACAACCGUCGACGACGCAGAGCCAAAGGAAUCCUCUAGAGCUGUGGACAAGAGCAUGGAAAAUUUAGAACUUGCAAAAGAUGCAACGCUGGAAAGGAGUGAAUCCUUAGGAAACCCAGCUGAAGUUCCGGGGCAAGUGUCUCUGCUGCACAGCGAUGACGCCCCCGGACAGCUCAGUGAACCCCAAGGCUCGACAACUCGAAUUCCACCAUCAGACAGUGAACAUGAACCUCAUGUCGGAGCAUCGGAAGCCACCGCUCGGUUUCAGGCUUUGCUUAGUGAAUGGAGGCAACUUGAUCAUAAUUUGGAUUCCUUCACUGGUCGUCUCAUAACAGCUGACGAUCUCAGGCGGGAAGCAGUUCGAAGGGGGGGCAUUGUCAUUGGUGAGGUCGAGGAUAUACUAGCUUCUACAGAGGGUGAUGCCCUGCGGAGACUCAGAGACACUCUACUUGGAUUCAACCAAGUCCAGACGAAACUGCAAGAGGUGGAUCAAAAAUUGAUUCAGCAAGGCGAUCAGAUUGGCCACCAGGCUGAAAGGAUCUUUGGCCGAACAGCGGAGACUUCGUUCCAAGUUCUGAAUGACCAAGGAGUCGUUGUGCAAUCCCGUGAAAGUUCUACAGAGGAUUCAAUCCUUUCUACGGACGACAUUCGACUCGACCAAACCUCCGAGGCCCGACGUUAUCUCUCUAAAAAGGGCGACGUGGAUGCGCUGCGGGAUAUACUGGUAAACCUGCACGCGGAGCGGAUCAUGUUGUCAGAAGCGAACGAACAGCCGGAUGUUAUUGAAGAACUGGAGACGAGGCACAAGGAAGUGUUGGCAGAACUGAGGCGAGCUGAAGAGGAGUUGGCCACGCUUUACGCCGAACUGCCAGAGAGGAAUGGGAGCAUUUCCAAAGACCAACUUUGUCCGCCUUCAGAAAUGGAGCAGAAAAUCGCUAGCCAGAGCGAUAUCGAUCACGAGGAAACGGGCAGCGGAUUAGGGUCUCCGCCUCAAUCGGGGAUUCAAGGGAUCAGCCUGUCCCAGAUCCUAGAAAGCACGACAAAUGACAACUCGAUUCGAUCGACGGCCCUCGUCAAUGCAUAUCUCAACUAUCAGUUGCAGCAGUCUCCCCGGGAGCAGCAAAGCCUCUCCGAGGCAGAUGAAGUUGCUGAGCAAGAAGGUGGUCAAGCUCAGGAAAAGGAUUCGAACAAUCUUCACCUCGACGGAUAAUUUGAUGAGAAGGGAUCAAAAAGUCCCGGUCAAGGGGCAUUCCCAGCCAAGACUCUCCCAUGGGGACCAUAUCAACCGAGGCCACAACAAGACAGUUUGCAUCUUCAGGGCUGAAAGGGGAGGUAUCGAACAUCGAGAUCCGGGUGGUCUGUUCAGCCGAAGGCAACACGUCUGACGGCGCAUGACCACUCAGGUGACACAGGUGUGACUGGUUGCCCUUUCGAUCUUCGCCACGAAUAUGUCGGAUUCUGGACUGUUUCAGAAUGCUGUCACUGUUGUCAUGCAAAUAAGGGAUUCUCGG